UUUUUGUUGAAGUUUUGGUAAGGACUAUGAGUCAUGCUGUGAGUAAGAGGGCGGUCUUUUUUUGUUGCAGUUUGUGAUGGAAUGGUGUGUUUGCAUAGCGAACCGUUAUCUCCAUCCCUGCACAGGACCUUGAUCGGAUAAAUAUCCUGCAGGAGCAGUGGUCACUCACACUAAAGGAGCACCACCGUGACUGCCGGAUCAAAAUGAUCACUUUCUCGCAAACGGUCGCCUCUGUUCUGUUUCUGUGUGCGUUAACAACAGCGCAAAGGGGAGACUACUCAUUACCUCCAGAGGCCUGUACCCCAAGUGAUGGCUUCGGCAAAUACUGUCCCACCACAUGCGGGGUAGCAGAUUAUCUUCAAAAGUACAAACCUGGGGUGGUGAAGGACCUGAACGAUAUGGAAGAGCUUCUGCUGGAUAUUGCCAACCUCACUAAAGGAGCUCAGGACAGGGUGGUCUACCUCAGAGACUCUGAGACACAGGCUCAAAAGGUCACGCCAGAUACACACAUUCAGAAAUCGAGAAGCAUGCUGGAUGACGUGGUUCGCUUUGAGAAAAGCAUUCUAGCUCAGGAGGAGCAAAUAUAUAUCCUGCAGUCCACCCUGGCAGCCAACGACAAGCGAAUGCUGGAGCUGAAACAGCUGGCUCUUCAGCUGGACCAGAAGUGCAAGAUGCCAUGCAAGGACACGGUGGAGAUCCAGCCCAUCACAGGCAAAGACUGCCAGGAUGUUGCAAACAAGGGUGGCAAAGUCAGUGGCCUGUACUACGUCCAGCCUGCUAGAGCGCCCUCACCCUUCCUUGUCUAUUGUGAGAUUGAUAGCUUCGGCCGUGGAUGGACAGUGCUGCAGAGGAGACGUGAUGGCUCCGUCAGCUUCAACAGAGACUGGGCUCCGUACAAAGAAGGCUUCGGCUAUCUCUCACCUGACGACAGCACUGAGUUCUGGCUGGGCAAUGAGAAGAUACACCUGCUGUCCGUUCAGUCUUCUGUCCCCUACGUGCUCAGGAUAGAGAUGGUGGACUGGGAAGGCAUGAAAAAAUAUGCUGACUACGCAAUGUUCAAAGUAGGCCCAGAGGCAGACAAGUACCGUCUGACUUACGCAUAUUAUUUCGGAGGUGAUGCUGGAGAUGCUUUCGAUGGGUUUGACUUUGGUGACGACGCAAGCGACAAGGUCCACACUUCCCAUAAUGGCAUGCAGUUCAGUACAGCUGACCAAGACAAUGACAAGUACCAUGGAAACUGCGCUAAGCAGGACGGCUCUGGGUGGUGGAUGAACCGUUGCCAUGCUGCCCACCUGAAUGGAAAAUAUUACAAGGGUGGUAAGUACACCGCGAAGGACGCUGGUCAGCACGGUUUCGACAACGGUAUCAUCUGGGCCACGUGGCACACCCGCUGGUACUCUUUGAAGCAGACCACCAUGAAGAUCAUUCCUAUCAACAGAAUCACAGCUGGUGGCCAGCAGGGCGGUGUCGACAGCUUCGGCAAAGGAGACUUCCCGAGCCCUUAGACACACAACAGUUUCUCCUCUGAAUUCAUGGUUUUGAUGGAAAAACCAUUGGUGAAUUAAAGGUGUAAAACAUCUGUGACAGUUUUACUGUCAGUGUCUGUGUUUCGCAUCUCUAAUCUGAUGCAGAGUUUUACAUGAAUUCUAUUUUUUGGAUCAUAGAUAUUCCAGAAGUCAUGUGUCUUGUAUUACAGGUCACAUGACCUUGUUUUACCCAGUCGCACAAUGGCUAGCUAAAGUUUUCUCACUGGAAAUUUGUUAGUUGAUCAAACUAUUCAGUUUUCAAAUUGUUUAGUUUAUUAAGGUGCUCAAAUAACCACAAAUAAACCCUUCCACCUUUUGUAAUGAAAGAGUUGUGUGUGUUUGUACUACGUUAAUGGACAACAUACAGUCAUACAGUAAUAACUUUAGGUUCAUGGGUCAUUCAAACGCAUGACGGUCUAAAAGAAAAGAAUAUGUAUUUCAUUAGAAAUUGAUGAAAUCAAGGUUUUUUGGGCAUUAAAAAACUAGCACAAA